AAACUAAUGAAAAUAUCAGUACAAAAUGAAUACCAAUCCCGAAACUGGUUCCUCAAGCGAGAACUUCUUUUAUGGCUGGGAGUUACUUUAUAAUUCAGUUAAGAGUGAUAUCGGCAAGAAGGCCGAUUUGCUGAUUCUAUUGGCCCACUUCUUUCUCACCAAACAUCACAAGUUUCGUUGCGUUGGUCUUGGCACCGAUAAGUGCUUGCUUGAGGAGGACACAAAAGGAUCGCUGGUGGAGCUGCCUGAUCGCUGGAAUUGGGAUGACACUAACUACGCACUUAAAUAUAUGUACUACAAGAAUCGGUAUUUGUUGCUCGGGCACAUCACUGAGGACGCCCUCGUCAUAAAUCUAUUGGACACCAAUAACAGCCAACUGACGAACAUUUGCAUCGAGCCAGAGCUGCUGGUGAUGGCAUUGGAUGGCAACAUUUUCGCAGCUAUGCCAAAAGCAGCCGACAUCAUUGAUCGUUACCGCAAGGAGCUUCUGCGACCCGUAUUCUCGGGGAACUCACAUGAAGUUGCUUGCCAAACAGUUUCCAUUCCCAGCAGAACUGUGGAUCCAUUGCGAGAGCCCGAACCCGUUCGUCCAGGUCAAUUUAGGCCCCGCGGCUAUGAGCCACGACCUUUUGGGUUUCCAGACAUCUGGCGCAACAAUUUGGAACCCAUUGCUCUCAGUCGCCAUGGCAGCUUCGUGCCAUUGUCCUCACAACCGAGCUUGCUGCCCAAACCAAUCCAGUUCAAUAACUGUGCAGAGGAUGGGCAACCAAUCGAUUAUAUAGAAUUGGAUAACUAUAUGUAGUCUGAUGACCGACAGUGGCGGUUUGGUACGAAUGGCAUUCGAAUUCUCUGCAAAAUUAAGUCUGAAGUUCUCGUAUUUAUGAAAUAAAUUGUAAAAAUUCUGUUCGUUGACGGCA